AUGACACCUAGAAUACUAAACCGCCUCUCUCGUACCCUGACCCGCCGCUCGGAGGUCACGGAAACUCUUUUCGAGACUCUCCUCCGCCAGCUAGACGCCGCCGAACGAGCGAAUCCCCGGGAACCAGGUAAACCUGGGUAUCCAAAACAUCACCCUCAAAAUACGGGGCCCGUUGCAGACGGCUUAUGGCUGUGCUGCCACUGCCGCACGGAGAGCGAGCUCGAACUCUGGCGCGGCGACUAUCCCUUCAAGCAUCUAACCUGCCCGCGUUGUGAUCACAUCAUUUGCCGAGAAUGCUGCACAACCGCCGUCUUUACUCCCCUGGAAGAAGGCUCAGGCCGCGUGCUGGGCUGGCGUGGAUCGCCAAACGAGGAGCCGCGCUUUGGUCAGAUGGAUGAAGUCACGCAGUAUCGCGAGCAGACGCUUAUGAGCUUCGACUUCCCGGAGUUUCUGUGUGUAUGUGGAUAUGCAGCCGAUGACACGUGGAUUCACUUCUUCAUCGGCUUGGCGGAUGAGCAUAGGGGUAAUUCUGACGCUAGUGCCGCACAGAUAUCGGUCCAGAAGGCUGGGGGAGCUGCCGGAGGUUUGUUCGAGGCGCGGGACCGGCAACCUUUGAUGGUAACGCCGCUGACCCAGCUCCCGCCAUAUCGUCCACCAGCAUCGGAUGGUGCAGCUCGUUUGCCGUCCUUGCGAGUAGUCGCUAAUGCGGCGAGGUUUGCGAGUUCGUUGAAGCGGCGGGCUCUACGCCGUCUUCGGUAA